CACUGUUUUGGACUUAUAUGGAUGUUUUAGCUGCUGUGUACCAAAUUCUCCAGAACUAAUAGCAUGUCAAAUGUGUAUGUGCAUUGUUGACUCAUGCUUGAGCUAUUUACGUAACCACAAGGCUUGCAUUCCUAAUACUUCCUAAUUGAAGAGCACAGUGUGAUAUAUAAAUCCCAUUUGACUGAUACAUGGUUAAGUUGGUAGAGCACCACAAUGGUGAGUUUGAACUCUGUUGCCUGACACCACGAUACACGCUGCAAAGAGGUGGCAACACUGAGACAUGUGAGCUAAAAGCUGAAGCCCAAAAGUACAACUCACGUUCACAACACUUGCUACUCAGUCGUUACGUAGCUACAUUGGCAAGAACACCACUUGAGACUGCCGGCAGAGUCAAUUGUAGAGACAGCUCUAUGCAGGACAAUUUGUGUCGGGCAAAACUGAAGAGAACUGAGUGUGUGAGUUCCUCGUCUUGCAGCUGAUAAAAGCAUGUGAACAAUGUUCUGAGCUGAUUCAAUACUUGGAUUAGCUUCUGUCGUGUAGCACGCAAACUUCGUUAUUUGACUCAAGUGUUCAGGAAAUGUGAUUACCUCUCUCAGCUUUCGUACUUUCACGAUCUCUUCAGG